GGGAAGGGGAGGAGGGUGAGGAGGCGAUGGAGUUGGAUGAGGAGGUGGCGGCGGAGGCGGCAAGAGGAGCAGGAGGCAGGCAGCCGCCAUUGCCGCCCGAUGCAGUCGGACCGCCUCCGCUGCCCGCCGGGCCCCCCUCCAGACGCAAGCCGGACUCUGAGCUCAUGCCGCCGCCGCCACCACCGCCCCUGCCGCCGUCCCCACCGGGCCCGGCGCCACCGCCGCCGCCCGCCGCCGGUAAGCCAUCCGCGGCAGCUGGAGGCAGCGGCAGGACGAGGGGAGGCGAGGGGCAGGGCGGCGAGAAGGAGGAGCUGGAGGAGAGGCGCGGGGCAGCCGGGCCUACGGGGGGUGGUCGGGAGAAGGAGCGGGAGCGAGAGCGGGAGAAGGAGCGGGAUGGCAGGGGCGAUCGUGGGGGGGAGCGCGAACGGGAAAGAGAGCGGGACCGGAGCUCCAAAGACAAGGACAAGGAGCGGGAGAAGGAGCGGGACCGGGAAAGAGAGCGGGAACGCGACAGGGACCGGGAGCGGGACCGGCGCGAGUCCUCACGUCGCGAGCGCGAGUCGGAGCGCGAGGAGGGGGACUUCGAGGAGCGCCGCAAACGAGACAAGCACGAGCGGGAAAGGGAGCGGGAACGGGAUGGAGACAGGGAGCGGGAGCGCGGAGACCGGGGAGAUCGGGAGAAGGACAAGGGGCGUGAGCG